CCCCAAUCCCCACCCCCACAGCCACAGCCCUCCCUCCAACCCCACAUUCCCGCGCGCGCCCCCAACGCUCGACGCGGAUGGCGCCGUCGGUGCCGAAGAAGAAGCGCAAGGUGAGCCUCCCGGAGAACGAGGAGGCCGCGGCCAGGAUCUUCGAGAAGCACCGCUCCAUGGCGGCGCAGCAGCCGGGCGGCCUCCCGGACCACCAGGCCCGCGCGCUCUCCGCCGCCUACGCCGGCGUCUGCUCCGCCAAGGAGCCCGUCCGGACCCCCGCCGACCUGGCCCGUCUCAAGGGCGUUGGAGAUUGGGUUGUUGACGUCAUGAGAGACUCCUUUCCAGGGUCCAGCCUUGAUUUGUCUCCUCCGACAAGCAAUACACCAGGAGAUACGGGAAAGAAAGGAAAGCGAAACAAACCCUAUGUGCCACAGCUGAAUUCAGCUGCUUACGCAAUAGUGAUCACACUCUACAGGGAAAUGAUAAGAGGGACGGAGUUUAUGAAGAAGCAAGAGCUUAUUGAUGCCGCUGAAGCCAGUGGUCUGUCGCGAAAGGCAAUAGGCCCAAACAACUAUAGAUCAAAACACGGGAAUUCUUCUAGUGACUUUUACACUGGAUGGAGUUGCAUGAAAAACUUGACGGACAAGGAUCUCGUUGUGAAAAAGAGUAACCCUGCAAAGUAUUACCUAACAGAAAAAGGCAAAGAGACUGCUCGCAUUUGUCUCGCAAAAUCUGGAUUAGACGAUCCUGCAGGACCUUUAAUGGCAACCGGUCAUCCUGAAAGUGUUAUGCUCAGUGAUUCAGAUUCUGAUGAACAAGAAGGCAGCAGUCCCGUGAUAGGUUCUGAGAAUUUUUCUGAAAUGAGUGGACUUCCAAACUCGAAAGCAGACAAUGGCCGUGCUACUAAUUCUCCUCUUUCAUCUCGGGGAAUGUUCGGACAGCAAUCAUUUAGUGCAAUGGGUUCUGCUGAAAACUCUCUACUAGCUAUGCCACCUCGUCAAUAUGAUGAAAGUUUUCUGGAUACUUAUGAAGUGGUGCUGAUAUUGGAUGAUCGAGAUACUUUUGGGCCCCGUGCCAGAAGAAAAGUUGUUGAUAACAUACACACGCAGUUUGAUGUACCUGUAGAGAUUAAACACUUGCCUGUUGGAGAUGCUCUUUGGAUUGCUCGCCAUAAAAAAUGUGGCAUGGAGUAUGUUCUUGAUUUCAUUGUUGAAAGAAAAAAUGUGGAUGAUUUACUUGGCUCAAUUAAAGACAACAGAUACAAAGAUCAAAAAUUAAGACUGAAGAAAUGCGGGCUAAGGAAGCUUAUAUAUCUAGUUGAAGGGGAUCCAAACACUGUCGAUGGAUCAGAGAGCGUUAAAACAGCCUGCUUCACUACUGAGGUUCUUGAAGGAUUUGAUGUCCAGAGAACCACUGGGUAUGCUGACACUGAAAAGAAGUACGGCCACCUCACGGGCUCUAUAAUUGAUUACUACAGCAGAAACUUCUCUGCUGGUGCUGGCACCUCUCGACUUUGCCUGACCUACGUCGAGUUUGUGAAGAGGUGUUCUGAUCUUAAGAAGGUCACUGUGAGCGAUAUAUUCACCCUCCAGCUUAUGCAGGUGCCACAAGUGACUGAAGAAGCUGCUCUUGCCGUGACGAGUCUCUACCCCACUCUCCUCUCACUUGCUAGAGCAUACACCAUGCUUGUGAGUCGUCUUUUCCUUUCAACUUAUACAAUGUUCUUUUCAUGUGAAGCACAGGAUCAUACUUGGAAUUCCGACCAAAUGAUGGCGAUAGGCGCGCCCAGGAGGAGAUGCUGAAGAAGAAGAGCGGCAUGGUCAAUGCGGGGGCCAGCAAGAACAUCUUCAAGCUCAUCUGGGCCGAAGGAUGAAGUCCCCGUACGGUACCUAGCUAGUUUCAACCUUGACAUGGCUUAACCGGUCGGUCUUUUGGUCACCGUCAUGAUGAUUUCAGCAGACCACCAACGCCAAUGCAAUACCGACUCUCGAGUUUUGGAUGGUGAGAAGCAGGAGGGAUCCUUUUUUUGUGCUCUGCCUGCUGCCUUGCAAAACUGAAAGUCUCGGAACAUGUAAUUACCUCCUAGAAAACCCCUUAGACCUUGUUUGGUGCGCAGGGUUUGGGGAGGUUUCUAGGGGAUUAUCCCCGAGUGGGUCAGAAACCCCACGAUUCCCUGCAUGUUCAUUUGGCGGACAGGGUUUGUGGAAGAGAGGGAUUCACCAAAUCCCCUAGAAUCCCCACGGGCUUGAAAACCACUUAUGCCAAAAAAGGCCUUAGCGUAGCAUCGCUCCUUGUUUAAA